AUGGGUCGUGAUGACCACCAAAAGUGGCUUGAUGCCGCCAAGGACGAGUACAAUUCUCUGUUGUCUAACGGGACCAAAGGGACUAUCUGGGAGCUCCGGGAGAUAUUGUCAAACGAGCAGUCACGAUAUGAGCAAGCCCUGUUCAACGAAAAACGUCGCCAGGUAGACCUGGAACAGUCGAUGCAAGGGCAAUUCAUGUCCGUGACCCAGGAACAUGUCCUGCACCGACUAGAAGAAGCGCGAGCUCUCGUGGACGCUAACACUGCUCUGCUCCGGGACGAGAAAGUCCGUCUGCGACAAGAGAAGGCGGCUUAUGAAUCAAAUAUUCAUCGGGCUUACGAGGAAUUGGAACCUCAAAGCACACAAAUACAAGUGGAACGGAGUGUAUUGGACCUACAACAACAAGCCCAUCGCUUAAGAAACUUUUUCCCGGAAGCUCUCGGUGCGACAUCGGUACCAUCCUGCGAGAGCUCUCCCUCAACAUGCUCCACGGUCCCGAUGGACGCUCAUAUACCAGCCCCGGGAUCUUAUCCAUCCACACCACGAACGUCGGACUUGCCGCUGAUUUGCGGAGACCCGAAUGAUGAAACGAAAUCAGGCGAAGCGAUCUGCGGGAGAUGUGCAAUACCAGUCCUUCCGGGAACACUCAUCCCCGCGAGGAGUGUUCCCGGAAGGACUGAUAUUGCACUCGCUGCCGUUGUCAGGGGCACGCUCUAUUGGAAUGUGGGCUUCCCCGGCCGGAUGUUCCUGGUGGACAAGAUGCCUGUUAUACUUGCGGGGAACUUGGCCAUUUUAGCUCGGGAUGUCCGGUAA